AUGGGCGACGGGUUGCGAGCAGAACCGACGUCAGGGGAAGCGCUGCUGCAGGCGGUCUUGGGAUGGCAGCAGGAGCUCCAUUUGGACCACACUGGCAGGGUGCUCUCAUGCCUUCAAGCCGGCAGUGUCGGUGGCCUUGCGGCACUCCUCGGCUCGCUACAUGCUGGGGCCAUGUUCCUGAGCCCAAGCCCUGAGCUCUUGCAGAAGCUCUGUGUGAGUCGUGCGAGUAUCUUGGCCUGCGAGCCCAGCGACCUCGAGACCCUCGCGGCCAGCUGGUCUCAGGAGAACGGGCACGCACGGCCGCAGCAGCUGUCAGCCGUUUGCGUGCAGGAGCUGACUGGGCAGUUGCCGCCUUUUCAUUGGGCUCCCAGUCAUCUCCGGCUCUUGCACAUCGGUGUGGCCUGGGCCACGGUGCUGCCCAGAACGGCCCAGCCUGUGGUUGUGGCAGCGCGUUUGGUCGUGGCUGAGCGGCUGCUGCUGCCACUGUCCUUCUGCAUGCCAUUGUGGAUCUCCUUCCUUGUUCUGUUGGCCCUGCUAUUUGUGGAGCAAUUCGUGCGUGUCGGAGUCCUAGCCCUCCUGAAGUGGAUGCUCAUCGGCCGCUACAAAGAGGGCGAUCACGAUAUUUACAGCUUGAUGUACCUGCGUCACUGGCUCGUGGAACAC